AUGGGUAGACUUGAGCCCCGAAGUGCUGUUCGCAUGCAAACUGUCCAGUGUACGAUAAUUGCGUUGUUCAUCCUGUUCGACUUUGUAGCAGCAGAUGAUAGAUUCGUUGUAAUGUCCGUCAUUGUUUACAGCACUCUGUCUGGGUCUGCAUUCUUGAUACUUCUUAUUGUCAGCUCCGGAGUUCCCCGUGCGAGUUAA